AGUAUUUUUAUCAUUAUGUCACUAGCCGCCAUGCUGUCGAGACGCGCACUUCGUUUGAAAUGUUCAACGCUUUUAAAAACUGCAACUUAUUCCACAGCGCCAGCCUCCACAGCGACUAACCGAGACAAUUUUUAUCAAAAUAUAGCAGGUGCUCAAAAUGACGACACCAAUCCAGAGGGAUGGGAGAAUGCCAAACCGUUUGACAGCAUACCUGGACCAAAACCUUUGCCUGUGCUUGGAAACAUGUGGAGGUUUUUUCCUGGAGCAGAAUUUCAUAAUAUAAACACGGAUAAACUCUUUCUACUAUUCCAGCAACGGUAUGGGGAUGUAGUACGUUUAGGAGGAAUAUGGGGACGUAGAGAUAAGAUUUUUCUGUAUGAUACAGGUGAUAUGGAGGAUAUGCUUCGCAACACUGGUCCAUUCCCUUCGAGAUUUAUUAUGGACGCCAUUUUCUAUUAUAGACGUAAACUAAGAAAAGAUAUCUAUAAAGGGAAUCUUGGACUUGCUUUAUUGCAAGGUGAGGAGUGGUAUAAGUUAAGAAAAAUUGUAAAUCCAAUACUGAUGCAACCUAAAACAAUUCAGCAAUACACCACAAGAAUGGAUGGGGUAGCUAAGAACCUCAUGAAGCUAAUUUCACAUCGCAUGACAAGUAGUGGGACCAAUACUACGCCUGAUGAUUUUGAGAAAGAUUUGUACAAAUGGGCAUUGGAUUCAGUUGCGAUUAUUGCUUUAAACAGACAAUUAGGAGCUCUUAAUGCACAUGCAGAUGCAGAAACUACCAAAUUCGUUCUAUCUGUAUUGAGGUUAUUCGAUCAAUCUUUCUAUUUAGAACAAAUGCCACCAUACUGGAAGUAUCUUCCCUCCAAGAGGCUUAAAGAUUAUUGUGAUAACCUUGACUUUAUAACUGACGUCCUCACACGAAUGAUUGAUAAAUCCCUAGCCGAAUUUAAAAAUGAAGACGGCGUACCAGAUGAAGAGCUUGGUGUACUGCAGCGCUUAGUCAAAUUGGAUAAGCAAACUGCAGUUAUCAUGACUAUGGAUAUGAUAACUGCAGGAGUUGAUACGACGGGAAAAACUCUUGGAGCGGUGUUAUAUUUUCUGGCCAGGAAUCCAGAUAAGCAAAGCAUACUCCGUGAAGAAAUAUUAAAAUACCUCCCAGAAAAAGACACAGUGUUAACAGCCGACAAUUUGAAUGAAAUGCAGUACUUAAAAGCUGCAGUGAAAGAGAGUAGUAGGAUUGCCCCAAUUGCUAUCACCAGUCUCAGAACUGCCUCAAAGAACAUGAUAGUACGAGGUUACCAAGUCCCAAAGGGGACGGAUAUACUGCCAAUGCAUCAUUAUGCAUCAACUUUGACGGACAAAAAUUUCAAAGAACCCUCUAAAUACAUACCGGAAAGAUGGCUACGAUCUGUCAGUAACGAGUACUCCGCGAAAAAUGCUCAUCCGUUCGCUUACAUGCCAUUUGGUCAUGGUGCCCGUUCUUGCAUCGGCAGAAGAUUUGCUACAUUGGAAGUAGAAGUUGCCGUUGCAAAUAUGAUCAGAAAUUUUGAAUUAUCUUGGGACCAGCCAGACUUGAGAUUUGAAGCUAGGUUGUUAUACGGUUUCAUAGACCCACUUAAACUUACCCUUAAAGAACUAAAGUGAAGAAAAAAACCUAAAACUAAGAAGACUGAGUUAUCUUAAUUGGUUUAUUUUAAUAUGUAGAUAUUGUGUGUUCAUGGAAAACUGUGUAAAUAUUUAGAUGUUUUAAACAAAGAUUGUGUAGGUAGAUAACUUAUUUUUAUUAAAAAUGGAAAAGGCA